UGCACGCUCCACAUCUGCAGCAUUUGGUUCUAAUAAAAGAAGGAGAGCAUGCAGUGUAGUUAAAAGCCACUGUUUUGGUUGUGUGUGCUGGUACUUCAUAGUAUAUGCUCAUUUCUGUUAGACAUAAGAAGGAAGAGCUCAACUAUGGAUUUGCACAAUGGAGUAUCAUAUUGAUUUCUACAAACACUUCCCCUGGCUCAGAAGGGAGAAUCUCAGCUCAAACAACAACGGUGAGUCUCACCAAGACUGGUUAUCCCGCCUAGAGGGAGACAAAGAGUCACUAGUUCUGCAGGUGAGUGUAUUGACAGACCAGGUGGAGGCUCAAGGAGUAAAGAUCCAUGAUUUGGAGAGUUCCUUGAUGGAGCAUCAACACAAACUCAUCUGUACAGAGGAGAUGCUACAUCAGGAGCUCGUGCAUAGGAUGUCCCUCGAGAAGCAAAAGCUGAAUCUUGUAGGGGAGGUUUCUAAUCUGAAACUGAAGCUGGCCGACAUGGAGGGAAAACAAGUUCAUUCGAAUGUGAGGCAAGACAAAGCAGAGACUGUAGUGAAUUUCAUUAGUGAACUGCAGGAGCAGAUGUGUCAGUUUCAGAAGGAGAUCAAUAGCAAGAUCCAGGAGAAAAAGCCCUCAGAGAUCUUGACUGACAGCAGGUUUCCAGCGGUGUGCUCUGAGUCUGCCAUAAGCCGAGGCAAAAACCUCCCCACAUGCUAUGAUGGACCCUCAGGGGGUAUGCACAGGACAGAUGGGGCUCCAGACAGACCUUUGGGGAGCCCAAGAGAGGGUAGCUCAGAUGCAGAGCAGCCAUGCCACUGUGGAGAAGAAAGAGUUUUAAUUAAAGAAGUUAGAAUUCUCAAGGACAAAAUACAGCAUCUGGAGGACCAGAAGCUACAGUAUGAAAGGAAGCUCAAGGCUACCAAGACAGAGAUCAACAGCCUUCAGCAACUUCUGCUCAGUAAGAAUGCAGAGAUUGAGAGCUUGCAUACUCAGUUGCUGGCCAGACCUCCUCUGACCACAGAAAUCUCAACCAGAGAGGAGAUGUACAGGAAGAGGCUAUACACUGAAUAUCAAGAACUUCAAAGACUUCGAAGUGGAAUGAAGUCGCUGAUGGCUGCCAAUGAUGAAAAGGACAGACAGAUUGAGGAGCUAAAUCUACUCCUGAAUCAGUGCAGACAGUUCAAAGAGGUUACUCACAUCUCAAGGCAAGGGCCAUCUGCUAUUCGUUCCUUGUCGAAUGGUCGAACUGCUUCAAGUAGCAGCGAGGAAGGAAACCAGGUGCUGACGAGGACUGUUGACUCUGCCAGUAUAAAAUCUGAUGAUGGGAAGUCUGAAGUGUCAACAAGUAGUUUGUCCUCCCAACAAACAUCAUUUCAGUCAGUCCAGAAAGAUAAUGAUUCCAGAACAGAGCCACAGACUUUCACAAGCAGCUUGAAUGACAUGACAAAUGGACCUUCACCAAAGUUUCUCCAUGGUGAAAUGAGUGAAGGGAAAAGUCAGCCUCUGCCUCUGAAUUCAGCAGUCCUGGAACAAAAUGAAAAUGGAGAUAAAGAUACUCAAAGUCAACAAAAUCCAGAUCGAUGUGAAGAUGGAGACUCUUGCCAUAAAAACUUUGAGAAAGCCCAUGACUGUAAAACCAGUGAGAAUUCCCCUGCUGAUUGUGAGCCGCGUGUUCAGCCUGGCCAGCGAGCUAUUGGAUCUCCUGAAUAUAUGAAGAACAAUAGGAGCUUCAAGAGAUUCUGGGGAAAGCUACGUAGAACCCAGUCUGGGGGGUUCCAGCCAGCAGAUCAAGAAGCCAGCCAGUUUAGAAGAGGAGGCUUGCGUGCAACCGCAGGGCCGAGACUGACCAGAACCUCUGAAUCUAACCCCACAUGUGAUCUGAAUAUUCCAUUCAGUCAAUGGACCAAGGAGCAAGUGUGUAGUUGGCUUGAGGACUAUGGACUUGGCCAAUACAUCAAUCUCACCAGACAGUGGGUUGAAAAUGGGCAGACACUUUUGUCAGCCACGCCUCAAGAUUUUGAGAAGGAAAUGGGUAUGAAGCAUCCCCUUCACAGGAAAAAGCUGCAACUUGGUUUAAGGGCUUUUACUUCCAAAGUUACAGAGAAAUCCUCAGAGUUGGACCACAUCUGGGUUACCCGAUGGCUGGAUGAUAUCGGCUUGCCUCAGUAUAAGGAUCUAUUUUAUGAGGCUAGAGUCGAUGGACGGAUGAUUCAGUAUCUAACUGUGAAUGAUCUCUUGACAUUAAAGGUCACCAGCCAGCUUCAUCAUCUCAGCAUUAAAUGUGCUAUUCAUGUUCUUCAUGUCAAUAAGUUCAACCCAAAUUGUCUUCGGCGCAGACCUGGGGAAGAGAAACACCCCUCUCCUUCAGAAGUAGUACAGUGGUCAAACCACUGUGUAAUGGAAUGGCUAAGAGCAGUUGAUCUUGCUGAGUAUGCACCUAAUCUACGGGGGAGUGGUGUACAUGGUGGACUUAUUAUCCUGGAGCCUCGGUUUAGCUCUGAGACUUUGGCCCUGCUUUUAAAUAUUCCUCCACAAAAGACUUUGCUUCGACGUCAUCUUGCCACUGCUUUUGCUGCCUUGGUUGGGCCUCAAGCCAUGCAGGAGAAACGGGACUAUGGCAAUGCCACAGGCCAUGUACCACUUACUACCACUGCUAAAGUAAAACCUAAGAAGCUGGGCUUCACCCAAUUCAGUCAUCUCAGAAAGAGGAAAUCGGAUGAAUCUGCAGACUACAUAUGCCCAAUAGACACUGAGGCACUAAAAGUGAAUGGAGUUUCUCGCUUGCUUUCAUCCCACAGAGGCUUCAGCUCAACUUUGGACAGACGAGUUGAAAAGGGGCAAUCAGCAGGUCUAAAAGCUCAAACAACAGAUCCAGUUGAUACCUGAAUAAACACACAUAAUUCUGGAUCUUUCAAACAUAUGCUGACUUAAACUUUCAAGAAAAAAUUAUUUGGCUUUUCACCAGGACCUAUUUAUCUUGGGAUCUGCUGGAUGGGCUGAAAAUGAGAUUUUGAAUACAAGUAACAACUGUUUUAUUUCUCACAGCUUUAUUUUUUAUUAUUUUUUCAGAUGUGAUUUCAAAGCUAUCAAUAUUUAAGUGGUAAUAAUACAUUAUGCCAAAAGUAUUUGUUUGCCUACUUUUUACAUACACAAUCAAUUUUAUGACUCUAUUUUUAUUUUAUGGGGUCCAAUGUGUUGAUGGACCUCCAUUCCGAGCAACAGAAACUUUUACUAUUCUGUAAACAUCUUCUGCAAGGGUGGGUGUUUAGAGUGGAGAAAAUAGUUAGAAGAAGACCAGAAUUGCAGCGUCCUCUUUUCUUGAUCCCAGUGCUUUGUAGGGUGGGCCACGACAUAUUGGAGGCAGUCAAAUUUUACAUCACCAACCUUGAUACAAAACGCAAAAGAUCUAAAUUCAAUAAGUUAUUGGUUUGAUCCAAUGCAUUUAUUUAUGUAUUCUGGCUUUUUUGUGAAUAGUAUAGAAAAGGCUGCUCAGUGCAUUCCUAAAGAAUAUUGAUUCCGAAGCUUACCCCAUUGCUUUAGAAAUAUUUUAUUGGCCAUUUUGUACUUUCUUUAUGUCAGAAUAUUUUGAUGUAUAUCAGGAUUGUCUGUACGGCAUAAUAAAUGGCAUUAGGUUCCUCAA